CUACUGCUCAUUAUCAUAUCGCCGCGGAUAGCCGCCUCCCCGGCUACACGGUGCUCUCUCGUAGGUUACCUCAGCGGUGCGUGUUUCCAAGCCCUUUGAGCGGUGUGUUUUGUGUGUGUUGCUCGCCUUCCGCCCAAAAUUUGCUCACGACGAGGGACGUUAGAAACCGCUGCCCGCCACUGUGUGCCACCGCCCAACCGGGGGAUUUAGCGAAGGGGAUUCUCGCUUAGCCCUAACUCCCGCAGCUUGAUUCGUCAUGGGCUGUGCCAUGAGUGCCGAAGAGCGGGCGGCGCUCGCCCGCAGCAAACAGAUCGAGAAAAAUCUAAAGGAAGACGGCAUUCAGGCCGCCAAAGACAUCAAGCUUCUACUGCUCGGUGCGGGGGAAUCGGGCAAGAGCACCAUCGUCAAACAAAUGAAAAUUAUUCACGACAGUGGGUUCACACAAGAAGACUUCAAGCAGUACAAACCAGUGGUAUACAGCAACACUAUUCAGUCUAUGGUGGCCAUCCUGAGAGCUAUGCCCAACCUGGGUAUCAGCUUUGGUAACAACGAACAGGAAGCAGACGCCAAAAUGGUUUUCGAUGUGGUGGCCAGGAUGGAAGACACGGAGCCUUUCUCGGAGGAGCUGCUCAGUGCCAUGAAGAGGUUAUGGACGGACUCAGGUGUACAGGAGUGCUUCGGGCGCUCGAACGAGUACCAACUGAACGAUUCUGCCAAGUAUUUCCUUGAUGACUUAGACCGUCUGGGGAAGAAGGAGUACAUGCCAACAGAGCAAGACAUUCUUCGGACAAGAGUCAAAACCACGGGCAUAGUAGAGGUUCACUUCUCCUUUAAGAACCUAAAUUUCAAAUUGUUCGAUGUUGGAGGCCAGCGAUCAGAACGAAAGAAAUGGAUUCACUGUUUUGAAGACGUCACUGCCAUAAUUUUCUGUGUUGCCAUGAGCGAGUACGACCAAGUUCUCCAUGAAGACGAAACUACUAACCGCAUGCAAGAAUCUUUGAAGCUGUUUGACUCCAUCUGCAACAACAAGUGGUUCACCGACACAUCUAUAAUCCUCUUUCUCAACAAAAAGGAUCUUUUUGAGGAAAAGAUAAAAAAGUCUCCGCUCACCAUAUGUUUCCCCGAGUACACAGGUGCUCAAGAAUAUGGUGAGGCAGCUGCCUACAUCCAGGCACAAUUUGAAGCCAAGAACAAAUCGACGACCAAGGAGAUUUACUGCCACAUGACCUGUGCCACGGACACCACAAACAUCCAGUUUGUGUUCGAUGCCGUCACAGAUGUCAUCAUCGCCAACAAUCUGCGUGGCUGCGGACUGUAUUAGAACCGUAGACGCCAUCGCUGCUAUCACCGCCAUCGCCCAGGAAAUGGCAAGAGACAGGAGCCGGCGGCAUUUCCCCCCUUUCCUCCCUUAUUUUCCGUUGAGUCCCCAUCGGAGGACUAGAUGCGAAAAAUGUCGCACCCGAACUAUGGAGGCUCCGUGGAGUUUCCUGGCCAGCAGGGCCUCUGGUGUUUCUUUUCGGAGGCCCCUUGCUGUGCAGUCAUGCCAAGCUGCCAUUGUUUCUGUCCCCCGGUUUCCCGUUUGGAGCAGACCCACCACGCCUGCUGCAAAUGACUCUACAAGAGAACCAAGCAGAAUGAGAAACAUUUACAAAAAGGACUGCCUCGUGUGUUUGUAAAUGUACAGCCGUAGUUUCCAAUUCAUCUUGUUGGUUUUGUUUCUCUGACCCGAAUGUGUUCGCAUCAUACUGUGUGCAUGCGCAUGUGUCGAAAUACACAUGCACAUGCACAGGCAUGGAAAUCCUCGACAUUUUUAAAUGCGUUAUAUGUAUACAUAUAUAUCUAUAUAGUUGCGUAUAUUUAUAUAUAUAUGUACAUAUAUAAAUGUAUAUGUAUAUAUAUAUAAGAUGACACAGUGUAGACGACAGCUUUCCAAAGAACAUUUUUGCCAACCUAGGAUAGUUUGGUAGGUCUGCCAUGUGUGGGCUACGAAUGGUUCUGUUGGGUCCCCUUCCCUUGUGUGAUCGCAGAAUCAUGCACCCUGCGUUCCCUGCUGUGUAUGCCAGGACAGACGAACAAAAUAUAGCAGCAAAGUGGAGUGUGUGUACAUGUCUUUGUGGGGAGUUCCGGGGGACUUACUAUAGGUGCAAAAGAAACUUUUUUCUCCCUGCCUCCACGGAAAGAGGUGUUACUGAGUGGCGCUGGCAAAAGUGUCCACAUCACGGGUUUAGAGCCCCGAACCCAGGAUGUCUCCCUUUUGCAUAGGUGGAGGUUAACAGAGGCAUAUAUAUAGUAUAUAUAUACCUUAUGUGUUAUCUGUGAGAGUGCUGGAAGCAAAAAAAGAAAAAAGGCAAAAAAAAGGAUGUUUCUCUUUUCAUCUCUAAACAGAAAACAGAACAUGCUUAUCGUUGUUUUCACAUGGCUAGUCUCUGUAUAUACUUUAUUUAUUUAUUUAUUUACCUAUCUGCAUUUGGUUUUGAUACUAGGUCGUUUCUCUUUGCUGAGAAACUCUCGUACGUGUGAACAUGUAAAGCAGUAGUUUUAACAAAACCAGAAGCAAUUGCAGGAAAGACGGCAAUGAUGUCUGUGUAGUAGCCAGUGACGUCAGGAAGUUCUCUCUUGUUCCGAUUGCUCUUCUCACUACUGCCUCUUGCUUUCCCAGCUUUUGUUUCCUGCCCCAAUACCCCUCCACUCAAAAAGAGAGAGAUUUUCAGAAAACAGCAUCAAGAACAAGUGACAGGUUUGCUCAGGUACCGCAAGUAUCAUUCUUACUGCUGUGUCGUCUCGAAUUUUGUGGACGUGUGAAACGUAGUUGACACUGCUGCUCUCAAAGUGGAGGGAAAAAUGCGGUCUCUAUUCCAGUUGAAUGUGCAAAUUCUUUUCUCAAGAUGCUGUUAAUUUUAUAAAUUUUCCAAGUGCUUGACUCUAGUUACCUGUUUUUUGUCAGCUGUUGGUCAGCAUUGCUGUCAAGUGAUGGCAGGCAUUUUGUGUUUGCUUGUUUUCUCACUGCCAUCAUUGUCUAGGAGAAACCGUGCCUGUGUUUGCCACUUACUGCAAAGUAGGGUGAUUGGAUGGCAGCAGCCACAAAAACCCAAGGUGAAAUGGAUUUUUUUAUUUCUGGCUAUGCAAAGGCCUUCCAGGAGAUUGUUCACGCUCUCCAACUAAAGGGCCUCCACCCAUCUCGCAUCACAAAGGUCCUGCUUCAGGAUGGCUUGCCAGGUAGCCAUUCCAGGUCGCAUAGUUUCGUUGGGAGUUUCAGAAGCACCUUGUGCAUUUACUUUCAGUUUUGCUGCAACUUGUAAGCACUACCAUCACAUUCCUUGCAUUGUUCAAAGCUACUGCUUUGACCUCUAUUCAAGCAUUUCUUUUCCUUCGCAUUUGUCACAAAUCAUUUUUAGCCAAUCUCUUGGGUGUUGAGAUAACAUUUAUGUUGCACAUCAGAGCCCUCACAAAUUUAAGAGAAACCCCUGUUCGAUCCUGUUCCCUGAAGGCUACUGUUAUAGGGACCGUUUAUGCUCUCGGGACCAUGCGAACAAUGACGAACCCCUCCUGCCCAUCUGGAUUUGCUUUGGUGCUCUCUCGACCUUCCCAGGUUCUGCCUACCCACCAAAAUCUUCAUUUUACUCAGAUUUAUUUGUAUCACAGGUAUGAAUUUGGGGAGAGAGUUUAUCCAACAUAACAUGCAACUCUCUAUCUACAGUUUUCUGCAAGUGGUCUGAGCAGCAAAAUAAGAAAGACAUUCAAUGAAAAUAAUUGAGUUUCUCUCCUUUUUGUUCUGUAUGCAGUAUCUGCAAUUUUAAUGCCAAUGAAUAAACCUCCUUUGUCGUGUG